AUGUCUGGCUUUCGUGUACUUGACUUGGUCAAGCCCUUUUCAGUGUUCGUUCCUGAGGUCAUAGCCCCAGAAAGGAAGGCUACUUUCCAACAAAGAGUGAUGUGGACAGGUAUCACUUUGCUUAUUUUCCUUGUCAUGAGUGAAAUUCCACUUUACGGUAUUGCUUCCAGUGAUGGCCUGGACCCUUUGUUCUGGUUGAGAAUGAUGUUGGCUUCCAACAGAGGUACCUUGAUGGAGUUGGGUAUUUCGCCCAUUGUCUCUGCUGGUAUGGUGUUCCAGUUGUUGCAAGGUACUAAGUUGAUCGCUGUUGAUAUGUCGAACAAGCAAGACAGAGAACAGUUCCAAACUGCCCAAAAGCUCUUUGCCAUCUUGUUGUCCGUCGGUCAAGCCACCGUGUAUGUCUUGACUGGUAUGUACGGCCCACCACUGAACUUGGGUGUCGGUGUGUGUCUUUUAUUGAUUUUGCAGUUGGUCUUUGCCGGAAUCAUCGUGAUCUUGUUGGAUGAGUUAUUGCAAAAGGGAUACGGUUUAGGUUCUGGUAUCUCCUUAUUCACUGCUACCAACGUCUGUGAACAGGUUUUCUGGAAGGCAUUCGCCCCAACCACCUCGAACACCGGUAAGGGUAAGGAAUUCGAAGGUGCUGUUGUUGCGCUCUUCCACUUGUUAGGAUCUAGAAAGGAUAAGAAGAGAGCUGUCUUGGAAGCCUUUUACAGACAAAAUUUGCCAAACAUGUUACAAUUAGUUUCCACCAUUGGUGUUUUCUUUUUGGUUGUCUACUUGCAAGGAUUCAGAAUUGAAUUGCCAAUCAAGUCUACUAGACAAAGAGGUCCAUACGGUUCCUACCCAAUUAGAUUGUUCUACACCUCCAAUAUCCCAAUUAUGUUGCAAAGUGCAUUGUCGUCAAAUAUCUUUAUCAUCAGUCAAAUGUUGUUUGUAAGAUGGCCAAAGAACUUUUUCGUGAAGGUUUUGGGUCAAUGGGGUGCCAGACCUGGUGGAUCUCAAUUAUACGCCGAGUCUGGAAUCGCAUACUACUUGCAACCUCCUUUAUCUAUUACCGAGAUCUUCUUGGAUCCAAUCAAGACUGUGAUUUACAUUUCAUUCGUCUUGGGUUCAUGUGCAUUGUUCCUGACUACCUGGAUUGAAAUUGCUGGAACCUCUCCACGUGACAUCGCCAAGCAAUUCAAGGACCAAGGUUUAGUUAUUGCAGGACACAGAGAUACUUCAGCUUAUAGAGAAUUGAAGAAAAUCAUUCCAACUGCUGCCGCUUUUGGUGGUGCCACCAUUGGUGCAUUAUCCGUUGCCUGUGACUUAAUGGGUACCUUAGGAUCUGGUACCUCCAUUUUAUUAUGUGUCACCACUAUCUACGGUUACUAUGAGUUAGCUUUAAAGGAAGGUGGAUUUAACAAGAAUGGUUUAGUGAGUGGAUUCACUGACGGCAUCUAA